ACAGACCGAGAGCUUGCCGCCAGGUGGCGACAUUUUUAGCACCACGGAAUGGAAAUGUGAUGUAUUCACUUUCUCCCAUGCGGAGAAUGAUGUUAACUUUUCUGCACUGCUGCGGCCAAUGAGGCGCUUGGAAGGCGACAGGCAAGACACCCCUCCAGAGAGGGGUGAAGUGAGGAGGAAAGACCUGGAUGAUCAGCUGAGGAGAUACAGGGGUUCUAAUAAUCCCUCUGAAUGUCUCCCAGUGUUUGUUUUCCCCACAGAGCUCUUGUUCUUCUCUGGGCAGCACAGUUCACAUAGGAGAGUUCUGACUCUUUACAACCCUUACAACUUCUCAGUGCGCUUUAAAAUGCGGUGCACGUCGCCGUCCCUCUACACAGUGGCUGAUGCAGAAGGCAGUGUGAAGGCUUGCUCUUGUGUGGACAUUGUGAUUCGGCACAAGGCUGUAAAGCCACAGCACUGGGGACGAAAGGACCGCUUCAGAUUGGAUGUGUGGGGAGGAGGACAGAGUGGCUGUAGAGAGAUUUGUGCUGAAUUAAGGGCAGGCAGUGGAGCAGAGAGUAGUCAAGAAAACCUCCGUGACAGAUUUGCACGCCCAGAACCCCAAACCAGCGUAUUUCCACGACCUCUGCGCUACCCAGGAAGAGGUGGAAGCUCAGUUCAAUUCCUCAUGUAUGUUGUGGUUGGACUGGUGUGUGUCGCAGUCCAAAUGCUCCCUCUCCAAAGUGAACCUAGUCCUAUGGUUCCAUCUCUUGCACACGUCACCAUUGUUCAGAAGCUAGUCUGUGCCUACGUGUUAGGAUUACUCACCAUGGAAUUUCUAUGGUAACCUAUGGAUAAGAAGAGGAAGGUCACAAAGAAAUAAACCUUUUUUCAUAUGAAGGGACACUAACAUUCAGAACUACCUUUGUGUGUCUCUG